AUGGCAUGUAACAAAGUAGUCAGAAGAACACAGUCUUCUGUCGCAGGCAGCGACAAUGUUUGGGUAUCUUUUAGAAGUCGAUGGAAAAAUUUGGGAAUGAUCCGACAGGGUGAAGAGAAGAACUCUUUGAGAGAGGACGAUGGUGCAGUGAAGGUUACUAGGUCAGCUUGCAGGCGAGGGUUGGAUAAAGAAUUGGAAAACAUGCGCCCCGAACUCCUUAUACCUCCCGCACCCCGAAUAUUAUGCAAGAGAAUGGGAGCAGAAACAUCCAACACCCGCAAUGCUCAAAUGAGAUGA